AUGAGUGAAGCAGGGGACAUGGGUAAACAGCUAUUGGUGGCGUUAACCCGACGUAUAAACAAUCUCAGAUCCGCACUAGGGUUCGAUGUUUCCAAUUCAGAUCGGGAGGAGAAAGCUGUGACUGCCGUCAAAAGAGACCCUAUCAUGGCUGAGAAUUUUCUUCAAAGACUCAAACAGAAAAAAUCGGACAAAUACCUCAACAUUGAAGUCAGAGCCAUUGUUCGUAAUCAGGAUGACUAUCCAUAUUCCGUGUCCAUGACGCCAGCAAAUGUUCUGAAGAACGUCAACCAAGAUGUUGUCCCCUAUGAUCAUGCCCGUGUUAUACUGCAAGAUGCUCCACAUGGAGAGAAUGAUUAUGUCAAUGCCAGUUACAUAGAUGGUUACAGUCAGGAAAAAGAAUACAUUGCUUCACAAGGUCCAAAACAGAAAACAGUUCCAGCAUUUUGGCAUAUGGUUUGGCAAGAGGGUGUUCAUUGCAUUGUAAUGGUAACAGGCCUUUUUGAAAAUGCCAGUCAACAAUGCGACAAGUACUGGGGCGAUGUGUUUAGCAUGCAGAAAUAUGUUCGUCAUGGUGACAUACACAUCUGGCUUGACUCAACUAUGGAGAUCGCUCAAUUGACUAUACGCAACUUUCGAAUAAAACGGGAUGGUGCAACAGAAGAAAGAAGUAUCAAACAUUUUGAAAUGAUUGGAUUUAACGAUGAGGCUACUGACCCUGGAUUUCUCCUAGACUGUGUCCGCCGUGUAAACACAUAUAUGCUUGGGGUCACUGGGCCCAUUCUUGUCCACUGCAGGUGUGGAGGAGGUAAGACUGCUGUAUUUAUUGCCCUGGACUGCUGCCUCAAACAGCUGCAAAAAGAAGGAUGUAUCGAUAUAUACAGCACAGUCCUUCAUUUGCGAAAGUUUAGGAAAAAUAUGGUCCGUACACUGUACCAGUAUCGCCUUAUCUAUGAAGCUGCAGCUAUGCAUAUCCAAUGUGGAACUACUGUGGUACCAUCUGCACAACUCCCAGCCAUGGUCCAACGCCUCGCACUAAAGGAUCCUCGCACACGGUUGCAUGGAUUUGAAAAAGAACACCAAAUAAUUAAAAACAUUGCAACACGGCUGAGUAUAGGAGACUGUGCUGGAGGUCAUCGAUCAGAAAAUCGAACAAAAAGUCGUGAUAUAAUGUUACUUCCUCCUGAACGAGCAAGGCCGUAUCUACUGACAUCAGAGUCAAGUGAUAACGGCACAGACUUCAUAAAUGCUGUGUUCAUUGAUGGUUACUAUCAGGAGAAUAACUUCCUAGUCACACAGUGGCCUUUGCAAAAUACAAUCAACGACAUAUGGCGUCUAAUUUACGACUACAAGAUCAUGUCCCUAGUGGUUCUCAACGACAUCAAAUAUUCCCGGAGUCAUCCUUGCUUCUGGCCCUCUGACCUGGAUGUGGAGCAUAAGUAUGGCCCGAUUGGAGUUCGAUAUCUUGGCUGUCAGAAAUUUCCAAACAUUGUUAUCAGAGCUUUCGCUGUGAGGAAGAAUCUCACCUGUAUGUCUGACAUCUUGGCUGAAUAUACUGUGGUGAAAACUUUCCAUCUGACCUGCUGGCCUGCCAAAGAGAAGACCCCACAUACCUCAAAGUCUAUGAUCUAUCUGAUGGGUUGUGUGGAGGAAUGGCAACAGCGUACCAACCCAUUGAGCCCAGUCUGUAUCAUGUCUAAGGACGGAUACACACGAUGUGGUGUAUACUGUGUGACCAAUAUCUGCCUGGACCAGCUGAAGGCCGAGAGUGAAGUUGAUGUGUUUGGUGCUGUGCGAAUUGUCAAAAAAAAUCGUCCAGACUUGGUGCCAAAUGUUGUAGAGUAUGUGUUUUGUUAUUCCUUUGUGGUGACUGUUCUGGACAUUAUGCAAGAAGACAAACCAAAAAUUGUGAUAACUGGUCCUGCUUCUAAAGGUGGUCAGGUAAACAGAGGCUAUCAUGUUGACAUGUCUGGUCUCCAUGGCAACCUAUUCAAUAAUGAUGAGUUCACCAACCUUAUGACCAAAUCUUCACAAAUGAAUUUCCAUCCUGGCUUUGACAUCCUGCCACCACUGGACGGCAAAAAUUUGGCAGCAAAAGGUCACAUUACCACCCAGAGAGUAGCACUAGCACACCUCCAAAUUCCAAGUAUCGACAGUGUCAGUGUGUCCUCGGCUGAUUCUGCGUCUGACCAAGGCGAGGUAUCAUUAAUGAAUAGAAAUGUCACCUCUAAUACAUCUGUGACAAAUGGUGUACAUGCAGCAAGUAGACAUGAGGAAAAUAACAACGUGCGAGUACCAACUAGUCACCUGACUAAUGGUGGCCAUCCCAGUAAUGGUCCUGUGCAGGCUUCCUCCAGCGCAUUCUAUUCUAUAUCCUCCCAGAAUUCAAACACAGAAAUUUUCCGUGGUGAAUUUGUGCCAUCAAAAAAACCACUUGCUGACUCGAGGACUAAAAGACCUACAUUACGCCGCCAAGAUGCUACCGAUUCUGACAACGUUGAACUGAAAAUGCUGGAAACCAAAAUUCCAACGGAGGAGUGUCUUUCACUUCAAAUCUCACCAUUAUGA